ACUAAAAAAGAAUAAUAAUGGUUUAAGCAAAGCUGUUCGUGGUCCGUAUUUAACUUCGGUAGUUUUGCCGUCGUGUCAACAACAACAGCAAGUGCUGAGAAAAAGAGGGGGAAGAAAAACGAAACAGGACGAAUAGAUCGAUAAAUUAGAAGAAAAUAAACAGAAGCCUAGUUUGAGAAGAUACCAAGGGAGAAACACUCCAAGUUGACAUUGCAAUAAGAAGAGAAUCGUUGAUAGACGGAGAAGUUGAGAGGUGUGGCGGGCGGGCUGAUGGAGGCUGACAACAUCACAGAAGUGGAGAAGCUAAACCUGGAUUUCCCACCAGAAGUAGUCCAAGCUAUACAAGAGAUUUUGCCCAGUGAUGACCCGUUUGAUGCACCAGACUUUAAUACUGUGGAGUACAUCAACACACGGUUCCCAGCUGAACAAUCUCUACAUCAUAUUGACGAUGUAUUGGAGGAGAUGAGACUGAAAAUUACAUCCACUGACGAUCAUAUCAGGACAGUUGUUAGGUCUCUCACUAAUGUUGAUCAAGAUGGACGAACGUCGUUACUCAAUGCCCAGGAAGCCAUCACUGAGCUUUUUUUACGCUUUCAAGACAUCAAGGAGAAGGCGGGUGAGUCAGAGCAGCGAGUGAAGGAGAUCACCCGAGACAUCAAGCAGCUGGACACAGCCAAGAGGAACCUCACUACUUCUAUCACCACACUGAACCACCUGCAGAUGUUAGUGGAGGGCGUCCAGAAGUUACAGGCUCUAAAGGUCCGUCGAGAGUAUGGGGAGAUUGCCACAUUGCUCCAGGGGGUGAUGAACGUGCUGGACCAUCUCAACCGAUACAAGCACAUUCCCCAGGUUGCUGACUUAAAUCGCCAGAUUGAACAGAUAAGGAGUGAACUGGAGAAACAAAUUUUGGACGAUUUUCACCAAGCCUUUCACGGCCCCAAUGCCAGGCGUUUUGCUCCCACCAAAGAGCUUGCGGAAGCUUGUCUAGUCGUCUCCGAGUUGGACCCUAAAGUCAAGCGAACCAUCAUAGAGGAUGUAGUGAAGACACAGUUGGCUGAGUAUGAGGUGCUGUUUGCCGGUGGUGAGAGUGACGCCUGGCUCACCAAAGUGGACUUGAGACGUAAAUGGUUCCUGAAAACUGCUGUAGAAUUUGAGAAAACUUUAGCAGCGAUGUUUCCUCCAUCUUGGCAGGUGCCAGCACGUUUAGCACUUUCCUUCUGUGAGGUGACCAGAUCCCAGUUAUCUCGGGCCAUGGAGCUGAGAACCCAAGACAUUGAUGUUGGAACUCUCCUUCAUGCUCACAAGGUGAUGUCCGAGUUGGAGAGCCUCUUGGUGAGAAAAUAUGCAGGGUUCCAGAUAUAUGACCGAACUCCUCGCUCCUCCAUAUCAACUAACCCCUUCCUGGAGGAUGAACAGUCUCACAAAAAUGAACAGUCGGCCAAUCCAAUCAAUACGAACCCAUUUGUGGAGAGUGAAGCUCCAGGAGAGACAAUUGUGUCCCCCUUCCAUGGAGCUGUCUGCCGAUGCUUCCAGCCAUACCUCAGGGUCUACAUAGAUAAUGUUGACAAGCGUCUUAAUGAUCAAAUAGAGAAGUUUGCCAGUGAAAUGAGAAAUUAUAAGUUUGAACACAUUGAUGCUGAGGAGUCUAAUGUUGUUCCAUACUGUGGAGAGCUCUUCACUAUAUACAAGAAUGUGUUGGUCGAGUUCUUACGCUUAGGACCUGGAGAGGGUCUUGGGGGAUUGGUGGAGGUACUUCAGAAACACCUGCGGGAGUUUUGUACGAAGGUGGUGCGAGCAGCGCUUCCAAAAGUUGGGGCCAAUAUCCCCAUGCCUAAGGACAUUAACAUGAAGGAGCUGACAGCCGUUCUGGCACAGGUGCAGACACUGUGGCGUGAGGGUGACCAUCCCAAGUUAGGGGAUGAUGAUGUCCGUCGAGUGUGUUCAGUGCUGGUGUCUGCCGAAUACUGCGAAGAGAUGACUGGGCGAUUAGAAGCUAAACUGAAAGAAAAAAGUCACCCAUCACUUGUACCUUCCAUCAGUCUUACCCAGGAACAAGAUCUCUUCCAUGCAGUCUUAGCACAGUGUAUUGCUCUUCUUGUGACUCAUGUGGAGAGCCUGUGUGAUCCAGCUCUCACCUCCAUGACCAAAGUGAACUGGAUGAUGGAACAGACUGGUGAUCAGAGCCCGUACGUGACAGCCAUCUCUCAACACAUCACUGCCUCUGUACCACUAGUCAGGCACAACCUUCACACGUCUCGUAAAUACUUCACCAGGUUUUGUGACAAGUUAGCGGCUGCGAUCCUCAACAAGUUCGUGCAGCAGGUGUACAAGUGCCGUCCCAUCAGUGGCGUGGGGUGUGAGCAGCUGCUGUUAGACUGCCAUGCUCUCAAGGCUGUCAUGCUUCAGCUGCCGGUUGUUGCCUCACAAGUACGACGUGAUCCUCCUCAAACAUACACCAGAAUGGUGGUCCGAGGCAUGGCAAGGGCUGAACUGGUACUGCAGGUCGUGAUGGGGGAGUACGCAACACACAGUGACCUCAUUGAUAAGUUUAACCGUCUUCUGCCUGAUGCCACCAUUGCAGAUUUCCAGAAGGUGUUGGAGAUGAGAGGGGUAAAGGAUCGAGCCUCAGUGCUGGAGAUGUACCGCCAGCGCACCACCGGUUCCUCGACAAACUCUCCUCAUCGUAAUGCAGGAGUCACGGGUGGCGGCAGUCAGCCACCUGCUCCCGCCGCCCAGCACCCCAUUAGCCAGACCUCACCCACAGCCGGCAUGAACCCCACAUCUGCUCCGAGCCCAGAACACGAGAUGAGCAAGAUCGCCCGCCUCGAAAGGAUGUUAAAGUCCCGAAGACUCAUAUCCUAAAAACAGCCAAAAAGAUAACCUCACGUCUGUUCCGUUACAUUCCAAAAUGUUGAUAAACCAUUUUGUAUAUACCUAUUGUACAGUAUAUUGUACGUAUCAGCUCGGAAAUUUAUCUCUUUUUUCAUAUUUAUUGGGACCUAUUGUUGAAUUUAAAACAUAUCAACAAUGUGAACAUCAAUCGACAGAAAAUCGUUGGAUCUUAUAUUGCCUUGAGAAAGAGUUGAUUAUAUUUGAACUUAUGUUUAUUAUGAAUUUUUAGCCAGAGGAAAAUACUAAGAGAGUUUGGUAAUAGUUGACAAGAACAAGUGAGGGAGACUGUAACGAGCUUGUAUGAUAAAGGGGGCUUCUCUAGGUUUCAUAUUUAAUAAUAAUAAUAUUUUAAUGUAUAUACUGUACUGUAUUUAUUUAUUAUUUUCAUUACCUGUACUAUUUCAUUUAACUAACCAGUAAAUAUCUUAUGAUAAAUAAUCAUCAGAAGGGAAAAAAUAUUUAUGCACGUUUCUUCAGCAUCACACAGCCAUGAUAAGUGAUAAGUGAAUGCUUGUAUUUGCAGUAAUGUGACCCAGUACAGUGGAGUCAGUAGAUAGGAAUACUGUAUAGAAGUCUUGUCAAGGUGGCCUAAGGUUAAGGCUCUUGUGAUGGUUAGUUUAGAUUAGGUUUUAGUUACAGUUAGAUUGGGUUAGCUUAUGUCAGGUUUAGUUUAGGUUAGAUUAUGUGAUGUUAUUUCAGGUUUAGGUUAGGCUAGGCUUAGAUUAGAUUAAAAACAUAUUCCAGUCCUGUUUAUAGUGAGCCUCCAGAGAUCUAUUUUACCUCAAGUGUCAACCAGAGGGAAUCACUCAUUGUGUUUUUGGACAGUUUCCUUAAUCCAAAAAUUAAAUAAAAUGGUUGCCACUUUUAUUUAGAGGGGAGGGAGAGGGUGGUGACAUUGGUGCAAACACAGCAUUUAAUUUGCUUGCUUUAAAAUGUUUUCAGCUGAUAUUUUGGCUUUAGAUCAAAGAUAAAACAAAUAAAAUGGAAGGUUGGUUAUAACAUUGCCUAAAAAAAAUAUCUUAAAAAUAUACAGUAGCUAAAACAACUAUCUGUGUAUACUUUGUGGGAAACAAUAUGAGACCAUGGACGAUAAAUUUUGGUAUAUGAGGGCUGUCACUAGUCACACGUAAAAUUUUGGACCAUAUCGACCCCCACCUGCACUGAUAGUUAUUUUAGCUACUGUACACUUCAUAUAUAUUACUGUAUAAUGUUACAGAAUUUGUUAUGUAAUAUUUUAAUAGGUGGAACUGUGAUACUUUCUUUUAAAUAAACCUUGGUUGAGGCUGGAUUACAUAUGUACAGUACUGUAAUAAGAAUGGUAACCAACAAGGUGUGAAUUUGUACACUGUCACUGUUUUACCAACCAUGUUAUUUAAUCUUAACCCUUUGAGGCCUGGAGGGUUAGAUAAUCAUCCUCAAAGGGUUAAACUAUUGUCCUAAAAGAGUUAAGCUGUCAUCAUCCUCAAAGGGUUAAGCUAUCGCCCUAAAAGUUAAGCUGUCAUCAUCAUCAAAGGGUUAUACUAUUGUCCUUAAAGAGUUAAGCUGUCAUCAUCAUCAGAGGGUUAUACUAUUGUCCUUAAAGAGUUAAGCUGUCAUCAUCAUCAGAGGGUUAUACUAUCGUCAUCAAAAAGUUCUGAAAGGGUUAAGUAUUUGCAGGUUGCCACGGCCAGCACAGAAAAGUUUUAGGCUAGCACGAUGGGAAUGCUUAACUGUUUGCUUCAUCAUAUGUAAGUUCCUCAAACAACAGUUGUUAUCAUCUACCACACACAGCUGAUCUUCCAUCUCUAAACUUUUUAAAUAAAUUUGCUUAUUUUCAUUCCCCAUAUUACAAGCUGUACAGUACUGUAUGGCUGUCUACUGUCCCGCCAACAGUCAUUACUUAACACUGAGGGCCGGGCAGCCACACCAUCAUGGUCAUGGUGCAGCCUCGCCACACAUUGAGUCACUAUCACUCUAAACUGUUUAUACUUUUAUUGCAAUAAUAUGUUCUCAGUAAUAUAGAAACACCAGGGGUUUUUCUUCACUAAAUUGAAGGAUUUUAAUUCAUCCAAGAUGUGUUAAAUUUUUUUCUAAGUUAAUUUUUUUUUAAUUGUGAUGAACAAUAUAUUCUAAAUUCUGAGAACCCUUUUACAAUUUUCUAUAUCAAAUAAUAGAAGAGUCAUAUAAAACAGAAUGACAUUGAAAAAACCUGGAGAAAUAAUCACAAAGACACGCACUACAUCCAUGAGUGUACUGCUGGGGAGAGUUGAGAAGUGUGGCUGCCAGAUGGAUGAAGCAGAUAUAAACUUACUUUGGUUGGCCCAAUAAAUAUAUUGUUCAUACACACUUGUACAGUACACAUAUUAUUUGUUCAUACACUUAUUAUUUGUGAUGUAAGGGAUAGUGUCAUGUUUUUUAAUACUGUAUAGUAUGCACUAUGUACUGUUCAGUAUUUAUAUAGAGAAUAAUAAACUGUCUUGUAAGUAUAUCAUA